AUAGGCCGGCAUAUUCGAAUAGCAAAUACUCUGGGUAUUGAAAUAUGCUGACGGGGCGGGUUCCAUCAUGGAUGGCUAGGUUCAAAUCAACGCGACAUUCUCCUAGAUGUCAUUCCAUGUCAUCUCGCUCCUUGGCUACCUCCGCUGCAGGUACAGCUGACUCGUUCGCUUAUUGCAGAGAAUAUGUUCAAAAACAUGACUAUGAGGGCUUCCUAACCUCGCAGUUCUAUCCCAGGCAUGUGCAGGGUGGUUACUUUGCAUUGAAAGCGUUUUACGUCGAGCUUGCUAUGGUACCAGAGUCUGUAUCGAAUACUGUAAUUGGACAGAUGAGGAUGCAGUUCUGGCGAGAUGCCGUUAAAGGUAUAUCCGAUGGUAGACCUCCACAACACCCAAUUGCGAUGGCACUAUAUGAAACCUCGCAAAGCGUGCACUUGCCAGCGUACCAUUUGAAAAGGAUCAUUGAUGCACGAGACAGUGAAUUGCAAAUGCCAACUCAUCUCACAACAGACUCUUUGACUGCUCUUGCAGAGUCAACUUCUUCGACUUUGUUGUACCUCCUUCUGUCUCUCAUGUCUCUGCCGUCAUCUACGCUGUCACAUGCUGCGUCUCAUUUGGGUGUGGCUCAGACUUUUUCUACGCUCCUCCGCGCUUUUCCCUUUCACACCUCAAAAAACCGGAUGAUCAUUCCUGCAGAGAUUACGGCGAAACACGGGGUCAACCAGGAAGAGAUCUUGAGAAAGCGCGAAUCGACUAAGGACCUGGAAGAUGCUGUGUUUGAAUUUGCUACAAUCGCAAAUGACCACCUGAUCACCGCAAGAGAUAUGUUCAAGGAGACUGGAGGCAGAGUUCCCCAAGUUGCUAUGCCUAUAUUCUCUGCUGGAAUUCCUGUUGCAUCAUUCCUAAGACGAUUGGAAACCGUCAAUUUUAACGUGCUUCAUCCAUCCCUGCAAGUCCGAGACUGGAAAUUACCGUGGCAAGUGUGGAGGAGUUACUAUAAACGGACCUUUUAGGUUCCCCAUUUCAUUGGGCUUUUAUGUCACCCUUUGAUACUAGUCUCAUAAGAGGGGUUCAGUAAUAUUUAGAGAAGUGUUUAUUAGUAUUAGAAUGUUAAUAGACCUUUUAUCACACUCAUGUCAAUCGUGGGUGUUCUCCAGUUCCCUUCU